AUGCCCUUUGGCGAAAUCGUGUGCGGAUCUCCAGGAAGCGGUAAAUCUACGUAUUGCUAUGGAAAAUAUCAACUUUUCACCGCGCUCAACCGACCGGUGGCGGUAGUCAACCUCGAUCCCGCAAACGACAACAUCCCCUACCCGUGCGCGGUCGAUAUAUCGUCUUUGAUCACACUCGACGAUGUGAUGGACGAACAUGGGUUGGGACCGAACGGUGGCAUGCUAUACUGCAUGGAGUACCUGGAAGCAAACUACGACUGGCUGGAGAGCCGACUGAAGGAGCUCGGGAACGACACCUACUUGGUAUUUGACAUUCCCGGACAAGUCGAGCUAAGUACGAACCAUGAAAGCCUGAAGAACAUCAUUGCAAAGAUGGGGAAGAGCGGGAUUAGGCUAGCCGCGGUACAUCUGUGCGAUGCGCAUUAUAUCACGGACGCGUCGAAGUAUGUGUCGAUCCUGCUGCUGUCCCUCAGAGCGAUGCUGCACCUGGAGCUACCCCAUAUAAAUGUCCUCUCGAAGAUUGAUUUGGUCACGCAAUACGGCGAUUUAGAUUUCAACCUAGAUUUCUACACCGAAGUACAGGAUCUGUCGUACCUAGAGAAUGCGCUAUCCCGCGACAAUCCUCGGUACGCGGCCCUGAACAUGGCCAUCUGCUCCCUGAUCGAGGACUUUGGUCUCGUCGGGUUCGAAACGCUCGCAGUGGAGGAUAAGCACUCGAUGCUCCAUCUCAUGCGUGUAGUAGACCGUGCAACGGGUUGCGUCUUCGUUCCCCCAGCAGACGCUGCUGCACCGCCGGGCGUAGUUCCUGCAUCAGGAGCACCAGCGAGUUCCCGGCCAAAUGAGUAUGGUCUGUUCUCUUCUGCUAUCGGCCCUAUCCAGGGCACUCGGAGUGACGUACGGGACGUGCAGGAGCGGUGGAUCGAUGCCAGGGAAGAGUGGGACGCGUAUGAACGUGCACAGUGGAGGAAGGAAGGCGAGAUGGUCCGAGACGAGGCGGCUAAGAAGAGUAAGAUUAGGGAACGCCAUACGGUUUAGUAUAAGAUAGCCGUAAACACCGGUAAGAAUCUGGUCAGUGCGGUGUAGCACAAGGUCCACUGUAGAGCUUUAUGCUCGUUACAUGAAUGCAGGUACAAUUCUUUGCAUGCAAGAACGC